AUGUUCCGCCGGACUUACGGUCAACGGGCCACAAAGCAUGGCAAUCCUGCAGCAAGGCUUCUCCUCGAUACGAUGGAGAGAAAAAAAUCCAACCUCGCUGUCAGUGUCGAUGUAAUCAAAUCCAAGGACUUCCUCGCCAUCGUGGAUGCUGUCGGUCCUUUUGUUUGUCUGAUAAAGACUCAUAUCGACAUUAUCGAAGAUUUUGGGCCACCUCUUAUCGAUGAGCUUCAAGCCUUGAGCUCGAAACACGAUUUUGUGAUAUUCGAAGACAGAAAGUUCGCUGAUAUAGGAAACACCGUUGCUCUACAAUAUUCUAGUGGCGUACACAAAAUCGCGAGCUGGUCUCAUAUCACCAAUGCCCACCCAGUACCUGGACCAUCCAUCAUCACUGGUCUUUCAUCCGUUGGUCUACCUUUGGGUCGAGGCCUUUUGCUUCUGGCGGAAAUGAGCACCAAGGGCUCGCUCGCUACAGGGAGCUAUACCAAAGAUGCCGUACGUAUGGCACGAGCACACCGCGAUUUUGUUAUUGGUUUCAUCGCACAGCGACGGAUGGAUGGAAUUGGUGCCUACGAGAAUGAUUUCACUGAGGAUGAAGAUUUUCUUGUUUUGACACCCGGCGUCGGAUUGGAUACGAAGGGUGACUCGAUGGGCCAACAAUACAGAACCCCUCGAGAAAUUGUUUUCGGGUCAGGAUGCGAUGUGAUUAUCGUCGGCCGAGGCGUCUAUGGCAAAGACUAUCAUUUGACUGAAAAAAUUGCCGAGCAAGCGAAACGAUACCGGGAAGAAGGUUGGGCGGCUUAUCUGGAGCGAACGAUUGCCCUGUAA